GGUGGCCAACGGUCGUGUUCACCAUGUGCCUGCCGAGUGCGUUCACAGUGAAAGUUCGAUAGAGAAAUGCGGCUUGCGAUCGCCUUUCUGUUUGUGGCGACGUGGCGAUGGUGCGACGCAUACGACUACGCGUCGGCGGCGUGCACGCGGCCGCACCGCGCCAGCCGCGCACGCGCGCAGCCCCGGACGCCGCCAGCCCCGCCCUGCGACCUCGCACGACAUGCCUACUGCGCAACGCCGGGCAACGGCUACCCCUGGCACGCCAUACGCCGCUUUGUGCGAGAGAACCAGGGACUUAUGAGAAGAAUGUAUGGCGAAGAGCGUCAUAUAUCGGUACUGAAGGCGGAGCUAGAAAACUUUAUAGAAGACGACGACGAGGGCGGUAAAAGAAAGUCCAGCGAUUUCGAGGAGGAUAUAAUAAAAGCAAAAUUAAUGUACACAAAGAAAAGUCAAGCACGUGCCAUGAAAGAUAAACCUCACUUUAGACCGAUACAGACCGAUAAACAUAAGAAAUUUGACAAUGAUACCCUAAAAGUUAAGCCACUCGAAAACUACACGAACAACUCUAGAACAAACAGUACGGGCAACAACAAUGCUACUGAAAUCACAAACAAUGAAACGAUGAUAGAUGAGAAGGAAGUGUCGUAUAAAACAAAAUUGCAAAGUUUAGCCAAUAUAGAAAUAAAUAAUUUAGAACCAGACGUGAUAACUUUAGAAGCGGUCAUCAAACAGACUAUAGAGACUAAUAGCUUAUAUCCAACAUUUCUAGGUAGUUCGAAAAGUGAACCUCUGAGAGAUGAUAGCGAUUCCAAAAAUAACACUGACAGGAAUGAAACCACUACAACAGAAUACACAAUAAAUGCAACAGAAACAACUUACGUCCAGUACGACGAUACAACAACGGAGUCAGUCAAGGACGGCUGGAAGCCAAUGACUGACGCAUCUACUCUACCACCCACGCUGCUCUUCUCUGAGCAUGAGAAAGUCAAGAACGACAAGAUUGAUACCAAAGUUACUGAUAAAAAAGAGGAGACAUAUCCAAAGCCGACGCAACCAGAAUCUCUGAGACCGUCUGUGAUUAAGUUAAGAGGAGCAAACGCUUGUGAAUCCAAAGAAGAGAUGGCAGCGCCGUUCUGGGCGAACAGCACGCGCGGCGAGGUGCUGGCGCUACUUAACAUGUACCCAUUCGAACAGUAUAUACACCUCGAGACCUGUGUGCACGAGCGCAAGCAAAUGUACUGCAGAGAGGGCUGCCGUUGCGAACAGCAGUACCGUCUGCACCGGCUAUUGGCGUACGACCCACGCAACGAAUGUCGCGGAAUCUUCGCUGACUGGUUCAAGUUCCCGGCGUGCUGCGUGUGCCGCUGCUACGACGUGCCGCUGGAGUUCCGCGCGCGCUCGCCACGCCUGCUCCGGCCGCAAUACGACGAGCACGUGAGACAGGUCAUUUAUGAAGAUGCGGCGAGAGACUGGUACUCUAUGGCGUAUGACGAUGAUGACGAUGACUUCUACUGAUCAAUAUGACUUCUUUCUCAACACUAUGAUGUCAAGAACAUUUGAGAAACCCACCUGAAGAACCAUACUUUUGAGAAUAAAUAUUUGAAUUGCCAUGAAAAAUUAAAUAUUAUGUUUUUCCAGUUCUUAACAUUUUUACCGCCCAUAAAUUAAUCACAAUUUAAAAACAAAGUAGUGAUGUAAGAUCAAAGUUACAAUCGACUGUUACUUAAUUAUGCUAUUAUUUAUUUUUCUAAUCAUAGAAUUAGUUUAAUAUAGAUAUUUUUAAUAAUGUUUAUAAACUAAAAUUUAAUUAUAAGGCUAGUGAAAUUGUAAAAUAUGUUGUAUAA